GUAGCUUAAUCCGACAGAAUGCUGACAUUUGUAGUAAUUAUUCUAAAACAAGUACAUCCACAUCGGGGAUCGGGUUUCAUAUUAUUGGACAUUCCAAAAUUUCAAACUUUCGAUAUUGUGUGACGAAAGAAUUGUUUCCAUUCUCAUUUCAUGAAAUUUUUUGGAACGUUUGAAUUUCUUGAUAGCCCCUUACUGUCCAUAUGGUGCGAUUUCUCAGAUCGAUUUGCUGUUUUUAAGGACGUCCAUUUCAAAGUUGCGCGAAGGAACUGCUGAAAUAGGUUUGCUUGUAUCUGAAGUAUUUGUUUUAAAGUAAAGGUGAGGACUUGCAGUUAUCAAAACGUCAUUUUGAUUUCCCUUAUCAACGAAAAUGUCGUAUGAAAACCCUACUUACGAUAAUGAAGAAGGUCUUAAGAAAUUUGUGAGCAUUGAGAUGGAACAACCCGGAUUGUUUCAGUCAGAGAAGACGAAGAAGCGAGAAGUGCUGUUGCUUUUAGCUGUCUUGGUGUUACUCAUUUUAGUGAUCACGUUCAUAGCUUUAUACGCCACGGCAAGAAACCAUGCAGAUGACACAGACGGCUAUGCAGCUAAACAAGAUGGGGUGAAGACAACUCCAUCUUCAUCUACACACCCUCAGUCUGGCAAGCCUACACAAACUCACACCAAUGUUACUUCCACGAUUCCUACGCCCACCAAACCAGACUAUGGACCCGGUCCUUGGAAGAAGAUUCGCCUUCCCUCUUACUUUAAGCCACGUCACUAUGACGUUGAGCUGGUCGUAGAGCUGGAUAAGCUGAUCUUCAGUGGAUAUGUGGUUGUGACACUCAAUCUGACUCAAGAAACACCUUACAUGUAUUUGCAUUCCAAUAAACUGAAAAUCUCAUCUCGAUGCAUAAAAAAGAACGGCAAGUCGUUAGAUCUGAAAAGGUAUUUCUGGUAUUCAACGAACCAAUUCUACGUGAUGGAGACCAAAGAGAAGCUAGCUCCAGGCGAGUACAAAGUUCGACUGGAGUUUACUGGAAUUUUGGCUGAUGAUCUCGUCGGACUUUACAGGAGUACGUACAAGAAUAAGGAUAACAAAGAAAUAACUAUUGCAGCGACUCAAUUGCAAGCGACGGAUGCUCGUAAAGUGUUUCCCUGUUUUGAUGAGCCCGCUUUGAAAGCAACCUUCAACGUGACGCUUGUGCGAGCAAAAGACAUGAUUUCCAUAACCAACAUGCCUAGAAUGAGAAGUGAAAAUCGAUCUGACACAAUGGUCGCCGACUAUUACUAUAAAACUGUUAUCAUGCCAACAUAUCUCUUGGCAUUUGUCGUAUGUGAUUUUGGUUAUCUGCAUGCUACGGCUGGUAAACAGAACCAAACCUCGAUGAAGUAUUAUACGUCGAAAGGUCAAAUAGAUCAAGCCGAGUUAGCAAGAAGCGUUGGUGGAAAAAUACUCGAUUAUUUCGAAGGCUUUUUUAACAUCUCGUAUCCCUUACCAAAAGCAGACAUGAUUGCCGUGCCUGACUUUCAGGCCGGUGCAAUGGAGAAUUGGGGACUUAUCUUGUACCGUGAAACUGCGAUGUUGUUCAAAGAAGGUCAGUCGUCCGAAUCCAAUCGAGAAAGGAUUGUUCAAGUGAUCUCUCACGAGUUGGCACACAUGUGGUUUGGUAAUCUCGUCACUCCAUUGUGGUGGGAUGAUCUAUGGUUAAACGAGGGUUUUGCAAGUUUUGUUGAAUACAUAGGAGUGGACUAUAUUUAUCCAGAUUGGAACAUGAACGAUGCAUUCAUCAACAACGACAUGUUUUACGCGCUUACUUUAGAUGCUUUAGUCACGUCGCAUCCCAUUUUACUACCUGUGAAUCAUCCAGAUGAAAUCAACGAAAUCUUUGACAGCAUAACGUACAACAAAGGAGCGUCUGUCAUUAGAAUGUUAGAAUAUUUCUUGACACGAAACACCUUUACCAAGGGAUUGACUAACUAUUUAAACGCCUAUGCUUAUGGGAACGCACAGACUAAAGAUCUAUGGAAUCAUCUCACACAAGCAUGCAAAUCUGAAGGUAAAGACAUUGAUGUUGCUGAAAUCAUGGAUACCUGGACUCUACAAAUGGGAUUUCCCCUGGUUAAUGUGAGUGAAGAUAAUGGCAAGAUCGUUUUAACGCAGCAGCGUUUCCUGGACGAUCCAGAUGCAGACCAAAAUAACACAAAAUUCACUUCAAAAUUUGGUUAUAAAUGGAACAUUCCGUUUUCAGUGGCAGUGGGCAAUGAAAGUGGUAACAUAAAAGUGGAUGUAGCCGGCAGAAAAAUCACGUGGAUGAACAAAACAGCAGUUAAAACAACGGUGGCUAACGAGCGCUGGGAUUCAAGCAAUCAAUGGAUAAAAGGAAAUAUUGGACAGAAGGGUUUUUAUCGCGUAAACUAUCCAACCAAAAACUGGGAUUUACUGGCCCAGCAGUUGCAGUAUAAUCAUUCGGUGUUUUCAUUUGGUGACAAAGCUGGUUUGAUUCAUGAUGCAUUCGCUUUAGCCAAUGCCGGCUUACUAGAGUUCAAAUAUGCUCUAAAUAUAACGAGAUACCUUAAAGAUGAGAGAAACUACAUUCCAUGGGACGCUGCCAUGACCUAUUUUACGUCCCUCGCGCGCAUCGUGCCAAAGACGGAAAAGGCGUACCAAGGAAUAAGGAAAUACCGCUUCAAAUUAAUAAAAUCGAACUUUGAAAGACUUGGCUUUUUUGAUAAUGGAACUCACUUGGACAAGUACCUGCGAAUUGAAGGUGUAUAUGCUGCAUGCUUGGCACGUGACGAAGUCUGUUUGAAAAAGACUAAGGAGCUAUUCGAUAAAUGGAUCAACAAUGAAUCUUAUCCACUGCCACCUGACUUAAGAUUCCUAGUGUAUUUCUAUGGAAUGUCUCAGAGUGGCGAAAAGGAAUGGGACAAAACGUUUGAACGACUUCUGAAAACAAACGUUGCGUCAGAACGAAUUAAGCUGAUGUAUGGACUAGCAGGCAUAGCAGAACCUUGGAUUCUUAACAGAUAUCUACAGUAUUCAUUUCUUGAAAACAAAAUCAAGUCGCAAGACUCAAGUUACGUCAUCAGUUAUGUUGCAAACGCCAAUCCCAUUGGACGACAAUUUGCAUGGAAUUUCCUCAAGGAGAGCUGGUCGACAAUUUUGAAAAAAUACGGCAGUGCUUUUGGUUUUGCAAGCAGUACUUUCGUGAGUAGCGUUGCAAGGUUUUUUAGCACCAAGUGGGAACUAGAAGAGGUCGAGAAACUUUUCAAGAAAUAUCCGGAGUCCGGUUCCGCCACCCGAACUCGUGAUCAAAUCUUGGAAACAAUUCGCUCUAAUAUCCAAUGGCGGAAGAAGAAUGAAAAGCAAAUUGAGGAAUGGUUGUCAUCAUUUGGUUUGGCAUAAGAAAUAUCCUUCUUGUUUGCUACGAACAACGAUAACGGUCGUUUUAUUUGCUCGUGAAUAUUUAGUUAGGAGUAUUUGGCCGUUAAUUCUUUCUCUAUUUGGCCAGUCAAUCUUGCUUGAUAUCCUAUCGACGUAUCAUUGGGCAAAACAAAUUAAAACAGCUCAUUCUUGGUUAUCCUAACAUUUAAAGAUAUCUAAAAUUUGUUUGAUUUAUUUUUAAAUGUUCGUAAUCGUCAUCGUGUUGUCAUAAGUUAUUUUUAUUUUAAAAUUGAGCUGCUAUUAUUUAUUUUGUCAGCAGCGCUCAUAUUCGAUUAGAUUAAGAUUACAUUCUUCAUAUUUCCAAUAGGUCA